CCAAACCCCGCCAUCGCGACUCUCAACUCAAGGGCCCACCACCAACUUCGCACCGAUUCCCCUCUAACCACACUAUCGAUAUCCUAUAAUCUUCUCGGCGACCGCUGUCAGCAGCAUUGACGACACCGAAACCAGCGCACGAGUUGCAUGCUGCGCAGGGCCUUGCCCAUCUUCCGAAUCGAAUCCUUCUUCACAUACAUCACCAUGGCCACCGGCGACCUGACACCUGGCGACAGCCAAAAGUCCUCCACCGACAUCCCUAUCCGUAUCAAGACAAGUGAUGCCAUCGACAUCGUCUCAACAUAUCACUCCCUGCUCGAGGAUCCCGACCUGACAAAACCCGUCGCCGCCAUCGAGGCCCUCAUCGCCCUCCUCAACGCCUCGGGCACAACCACCGUCUUCGAGACCCUCGACCUCGUCAAGCGCGCCUCAAACACCCUCCACGCCUCCGUCAACAACCCCGUCCCCCUCCAGGCGGGCACCGACCUCUUCCUGCAGUACCUCGUCUCCUCGCUUAAGCAGCAGGAAGGCGCAAACGCAUCCGCCUCGGCCGCCGCCGCCCCCUCCCCCUACCAGUCCUUCGAAGCCGUCCGCACCCACCUCCUCCGCAACGGCCGCCUCUUCGCCUCCCGCGCCAUCGCCGCCCGCGACCGCAUCGCCGACGCCGGCUGGCGCUUCGUCCGCGACGGCAAGGUCGUCCUCACCCACGGCGCCUCCCGCGCCGUCUCCGACCUGCUCUUCCGCGCCGCAGACCAGUCCGGCGACGGCGGCGUCCGCUUCAAGGUCGUCUACGUCCGCGACGAGCACCGCCCCGCCGAGUCGGACCGCGUCGUCAAGGAGCUCCGCGACAAGGGCAUUCCCGUCGCAGAGAUUGCCGAACCUGCCGUCGCCCACGUCCUCGGCCUGCUGCGCCAGGUGCACAUGGUGUUCGUCGGUGCCGAGGCCGUCACGCAGAACGGCGGCAUCAUCUCCCGGAUGGGCACGUACCAGAUCGCCAAGCUGGCGAAGCAGGCCGGUCUGCCCUUUUAUGUCGCUGCCGAGUCCCACAAGUUUGUGCGCAAGGUGCCCCUGGACCAGCGGGAUCUCGGUUUCCAGCAGCACGUCUUGGACUUCCGGACGGACGGUGCCAGCGAGCAGCCUGAGGAUGCGGUGGACUACACUCCCCCUGAUUUCAUCUCCAACCUCGUGACAGAAAACGGCGUCAAGCUACCCAGCUACGUGUUUGAGCAGCUCCUCGACAUCUACGGUAGCUUGAACGGUUGAUACCCCCUACAAAACAACACAAAUAUACCCGCCUAGGAUUUUCAAAUGUUUCACAAAAUUCGGAGACUCUUCACGAUCGCAUAUGAUGAGAACGUGGGCGUUGAUGCCCACCUGGGGCCGGCCGCAGACAUGCCGGGGUCCGGAUUGUGGAGACGAAAAGACGCCCCGCCGGCGAUACAGAGCGGCGUCUCAAUGCCGGAGUCCGAUGGCCAGGCGCAUAGUAAGGGAAUCAAUAGGCCGAUCAUGGCCGCUUAGUAAAAAGUGUUUUCCCAGCGGCAGGUAGCAUGACCGUGAAUCGGGCACGUAUAAGGUACCUAUCACUUGAAUAGAUGCAGGCGCCUUGUCGGAGAAACUGUCCUGCUGACGACGGGACGGGAGAGACUCGUCGGCAAGAAGUGCCCUUUUUAGAAUUCGGAAUAGAGUGAGGAAGAAAAAGAAAAGUUCAAUUUUCCAAUCAUUACUUGCUGCCUGCAUCCACAACGCAUACCUGCAGUACAGACUGAAUGAGGCCCUCGCCUCAUGGCCUACAUAUACGAUAAACAUGCAACCAAGAGUCCUGCGAGCCGU